ACGAUAAGACCCUAAGACACCUCCUCUCCUUCCUCCUUCUCUGGCAUUGUGCCGUUUUGCAAUACAUUCUCAAUCUGCAGCCACACACUCAAAACUGGAGAUCCGUCCCGCGACUCAGCAUGGACCCCCGACCUCCAAACUGGCUCAUUUUGAUAACCGGAUUAAUACAUUGGCAGUGUGCUACGGUGCAGACAACCUACAUCAUAGACAACGUGGGCCUGAGUCUCCUCCCCUCCUCCUCUGUGGACAGUGGCACAAACGUGACCCUGGUGUGUGAAGUUUCCAUCAGCCAGGACUCCUCCUCCUACCCACCUUUCCGUUUCCACUUCAUCAAAAACGACCAGGUGAUCAGCCGCUUGGACACCCAGGAGGACAGGGUGGCUUACGAGCUGCACCCGGCCCGAGCGGCGGAUACGGGGAGCUAUGGGUGUCACGUGAACAUAGAGGAGAAGAGCAAGAGCAGCCAGGAGAAGACGCUGACGGUGACAGGUCUCCAGAAGCCCAUACUGCAUCUGAAUGCGACCAGUAUAUUUGAGAGUGAGGAUGUGCUGGCGAGCUGCAGUGCUCCCUCAGAGAAAGGAGCUCUGGUCUUCUUCUUCUACCAGAGGUUCAGGUCUGGAGACACGCAGGAGGUCAAACGGGCCACGUCCACCGGGAACUCCCUGGAGACCAAACUGGGGCUCAGGCACAUCGGAGACAGCCACAUCUACUGCGACUACGAGCUCCCCCUGGUGGGACGGUCCAACCACAGCAACCAGGUCCAAGUCACCGUCAAACGUAUGUUCAUAGACCCAACCAUGAACAUCCUGCCCUCUUCUGAAGUGUACGAAGGCGACGUCAUAGAGGUGGUGUGUAAGGUUGUGGGUGCGCCGCGUGAUGUGGAAGUAAACGUGUUUCUGAUAAAAGACAGAAAGAUCCUGCGAAGGGAGCCGGUGAGUCUGAGUCACAGGUUCAGGGCCAAGGAUGGAGAUUCGGGGGAGCUGGUGUGCAAGGCCGAGUCUGGGGCGCUACAGAAAGAGACCUACAUGAAGAUCACAGUCAAAGAGUUGAUCUCAAAGCCACGCCUGAUAGUGGAGCCUCUGGACUUAUUUGAAGGCGACUUCCUUAAAAUGACCUGCUCUGUGUCCAUCUACGUUCCUGACCGAAUACAGAACUCCAGCCUCAGAUAUUCCAUCUACAAAGAGCGCACACAAGUCCACCAAGGAAGUGUUUACAAUAUUUCAGCCGAUGCCUCUGUAAACGGGAAGUACUCCUGCAGAGUCCAAGCUUCGUCUUCCACUGGCAGUUUUAUCAAAGAAAGCACCACGGAGAUUGUAAUCGCCAAAGUUCCUGUCUCCAAACCCACCAUGCGUGUCGUGGGCGGUACACUGAUUUUGGGAAAGCCCUUCCAGCUCAUCUGCUACAGUGAAAAAGGUUCUCUGCCCAUCUCCUACACGCUCCACGGCCCCAAGAACUACAAGGAGGUCAAAGUCAUCACCAGACCACUAGAGGCGGGCGUCUUUAACGUCACUGUCAGCAAGAGCUCAGAUCUCAACAACUUCCUCUGCCUCGCCAGGAACCACAAGAAACUACCACCAGAAACGGCAAAUCAGCUGCUCACCUCCACCAUAAUCAUUGAACCUGUUUCAAAACCGAUCCUGACCAGCGUUCCGGACAUGGGGGACAUCACGGAGAGGCACGACGUGACCCUGUACUGCUCGGUGCUCAGAGGCAGCCCCCCGGUCACAUUUACCUGGUACAGAGCUGAAUCUCGGACCCUCCUCGUCUCCGAGACCUCCACCAAACUCAAAGCUUCCCACGUGAUCAGACUCGUGGGCACUGAUCACAACGGCGGGUACUACUGUACGGCCACCAACUCGGCCAACGCCACCAAGAACAGCGAUGUAUUAACAAUCGCAGUGAAGAUGGCGGGCUGGAAAAAGGCGCUGAUUGCGAUAGUGUGCCUGCUCCUCCUGGUGGCGCUCAUCCUGGUCGUCACCUUUAAGAAGCGGCUGAUCAGCUUCAAGAGGAAGAGAGGCCCCGAGCUGUCAGUGAAGUCGGCCGGUACUAAAAUAGAGCGCUUGAGUCUCACUCAGUCCGAGGUCGUGCACAUGGCUAACGCCACCCCCUCCAUGAUGGGCAAGAGCGUGUGGAGCGAGCACGUAUCCGGAUCUGAGUCAGAUAACGAGAGCGGUGUAGUCGCUCCUAAAACCCCCGAGCUGGACUACGCCGAAGUGCAGACUAAACAACCAGAUCCCAGCAGAGCUCCGGUGAAGAAGGGCACGGACACAACAUACAGCGAAGUGCGCCACUCCACACAAGGUGCUCCGGAGGCGGCAGACAGCCAGGCGUCGGUGGAGUACGCCGAGCUGAACCACGAUGCCGAGGCCCAGAGUGGAGGCGGUAACCAUGACGACCACACUGACACUGUCCAAGAGGAGAGCCGAGACGGGACCUGCGGAGAAAACUGUGAAACCAACGAUGACACAGGAGGACCAGGGGGAGAAACCACGGAAACAUAGUGUUAUUUAUCAAGGUUUUAUAUUUAGCUGUAAAUCUUUGUACUGUAAACAUUUGGAAAUCGUCAAAUAGAAAUGUUUUUUAAAAA